CUCCUCUGGGCUGUAGCGUGUCGCGCGCAGCUGCUAACUCACUUUAGCUCGUUUUACUUUAGUGUCUCUGUUUCAAGGCUUUGUUUUGUCAGUAAGAGCCGAGUGCGCACACCGGGCUCAGGAUGAGUGUGUGUCUGCCUCAGAAGAAGUUUUAUCGGCAGAGAGCUCACUCUAACCCCAUGGCUGAUCACACAUUCGACUAUCCCGUGUGUCCAGAGGAGAUGGACUGGAAUCAGCUUUAUCCUGAGUAUUUCAGCUCGGAUGGUGAGCAGAUGGAGACGGAGGGAGGACGGAGCACUCGGGUGGAGUUCGCUGAUAUUGGGUGUGGAUACGGAGGACUGCUGGUGGAGUUAUCACCGCUGUUCCCUCAUCAGCUCAUUCUGGGUCUGGAGAUUCGGGUGAAAGUCUCCGAUUAUGUUCAGGACCGAAUCCAGUCGCUCCGAGCCUCACAGCCAGGAAAGUACCAGAACAUCGCCUGUCUGCGCAGCAACGCCAUGAAAUACCUCCCUAACUUCUUCAUGAAAGGACAGCUCAGUAAGAUGUUCUUCCUCUUUCCGGAUCCACAUUUCAAAAAAACAAAACACAAAUGGAGGAUCAUCAGUCCAACUUUAUUAGCAGAGUACGCAUACACACUCCAAGUUGGGGGUUUAGUCUACACCAUGACAGAUGUAGAGGAAGUGCAUGUGUGGAUGGUCAAACACUUUACAGAGCAUCCGCUGUUCAGCCGAGUGUCUGAGGAGGAGCUGAAGGAUGACAUCAUCGUGGGCCGUUUGGGAACAUGUACAGAAGAAGGGAAGAAGGUGCAGAGAAACGGAGGGAAGAACUUCCUCGCUGUGUUUCGUCGAGUCGAGGAUCAGAGCUGAAAUACUUUCCUCUAAAACUCCUGGGGGGUCACAUGACCUCCAGAACCCUGGCGUGGUCACGUGACCACAAAAACCCCAGCGGAAUCAUGUAACCACCAGAACCCCAGUGCGAUCACGUGACCACAAAAAAAGAAAACCUGGCGUCAUCAUAUGACCACCAGAACUAUGGAGUGAUCACAUGACCUGAUACCCAUUUUAACUCUGUCUAGGUUGAACAUAUUUCCACACUUCCUGUUACUCAGAAACAGAACCAGUCAUAAUCCAUACUUUACAUCUUGUGGUGUGUGUGUGGAUGAAGUACUAAAUAAUCGGCUUUAUUUCUGCUUCAGUCUUCAAUUCAGAAUUGUAGUAAUAAUAAGCACUUUUGUGUUUCUUUUUCCUGAAUGUUUGACAGAAACGUACGAGUUUCUGAUUAAAUCUGGUUUAAAACAGAUUUCUGUAGUUGGAGGUUAUCAGUCAGGACUCUGUUCAACCAGAAAGUGAUUUUUUUUCCCUUCCCUUCAGUCGUCUGCUGUGUGUUCUUUGUCCUGAGUUAGCAGGAAGUUAAUCUCUCUGUCUCUGUGAGUGGACCAUGUGUCUCUCUGGUGUCCAUUUCACUGCCCUUUACUCUUUCACCCACAAACCUGAACAGUCCAACUUUCUGUUCUGUGAAAUCUGCUUUAAUAAAAAGACUGUGAUCUUUAAUCUCUAAAUAUUAAACCUUUUAACGUG